AAUUGCAAUUCUAUCUUUCCCUUCAAACAAGACGGCGAAUAAUAACUGAUUAGCUUCAGAAAUAUCUCAACUUUGGCUUCCCUUUUCGGUUCUUUGAUGUUUGGUUGAAAACCAGUACAAUUAUUUAGGAAAUGAUAAUAUCCACCAGCCCCCUUCACCACCACACUCUUCCUUGCGCCGGAACUCCGACCUCCGGCGACACUUCCUUCCGGCGACAAUGUGAAUUCCUUCCAAGACCCAGAAACCUCUGCUUCUCGAACGACUUAGUCCGGCCUCUUUUCUUACAGAUGCCUUCUUGUCGGAACUCGCUGUUUUCUCGUAUGGCUGUCGGCUCGAAUGUGAGUGAAGAUACAGAUGAUAUGUUUGAUGACUUGUUCAAGAAGUAUGGGAAGGUAGUCUAUAGAAGAAACGAUCAAAAGCCCGUCAGUGAAGAGGUUGAUGAGGAUGCAGAAAGCUUGACUUUUGCCAUGGCAUUGGCUAAGGUUGCGAAUGAUGUGAAGGCGGCAGAUAUAAGGCUUCUCUUUGUGAAGCCUCUUGUUUACUGGACUCGUUUUUUUAUCAUUGCCACAGCAUUUUCUAGGCCUCAGAUAGAUGCAAUUGGGACGAGAAUAAGGGAUUUAGCUGAGACAAAAUACGGGAGAACAUCAACUGGGGACUUCAAACCCAACUCCUGGACAUUGCUGGACUUCGGUGAUGUGGUUGUACACAUUUUCCUUCCCCAGCAAAGGGAGUUUUACAACUUGGAAGAGUUCUACGGCAACGCAACACCUAUUGUGUUGCCUUUUGAAGACCAAAAAACCCUUUCAGAGUUGACAAAAACCAAUCAAUCAUGAGUGACAAAAAUGACAUUCUACUGGAAAAGGCUGUCUAGAACAAAAAUGCUGUUCAUGGCUCUUGUAAUAUGUUUGUGACCAAGAUCAAUUAUUCUUGUUUCUUUGGAGUGUAAUUUAAAUGACGUUGGAAAUUCUAUGCGCUCAUUUUGCUUGUCAAAGAAAGUCUAAUCACAGAUCACUGUGCCUGAAGGUGGACUGUGAUGUAGCAACAAUAAACACAAAUGUCAUUCCAAGCUCAAUCCACCAAAAUAACAAACUUUC